AAAGUUUUUCUACUCUAUUGAACGCGCAAAAUUGUUGUAUUUUUUAAAGAAUUUCUAUAAACUUUGCGCGCUCUACAAUUCAAAUAGUGUUAAUUGUUCAAACAGCUUUAUGUUCUAGUGGAUGUGGUGAUUAUUUGUGUUUUGCAGUUAAACAUGACUUCCCCAAAGGAGAGCUCAACACAACAGGAUCAGACUAGCUUACAAUGUCUAGAUUGCGGGGGACAGUUAAUCCUUCAGAAGAAUUGCAACGAUGCCGAUACUAGCGAGAAGAAUCACCAACUCUUCAAUUGUAACACCUGCGAAUUGCGCAUGGAAAUACACGUUGAAGAUGACUUACCAAAGAAUGGCACUGAAAAACGCUUUCAGUGCAAUAUCUGCAAUCAAUUCUAUGCGACACCAGUAACACUAAAAGUGCACCGAUUGCUGCACACAACCGGCAAGACUGAGCUGUGCGAUUAUUGUGGCGCCAGUUUUAAAACACGAGGUCAAUUGAAGAUACACCGGCGCGUUCAUACGGGUGAAAAGCCGUAUAAAUGUAAUGAAUGUGAUAAAUCUUUUCCAUACAGGGAAAGUCUUAUAACACACUCCACGGUACAUACGGGCAUCAAACCCUUCCUGUGCGUCGAGUGCAAUGCGCGGUUUUCUUGCAUUGGAAAUCUUCUGAAGCAUCGAAAACUGCGCCCAACUAAGUGUGGUUUGGACAGCAUUCCUAUCCGACAAAUAGGGCCACGACCGAAUAAAAAUACAAUGCCAAGUUUAACCGAUCGUCAUGACAAACAGACGCAACCUAAACGGCGGCCAAAAGUAAUAAGUCCACGCCAAACAACUGACCCGACGGAUGUAAUGGAAUCAAAUGAGACUAUUGAAGUAUUUCAGAAUGAAGCGUAUUCAUCUUCUGAACAGGACGGAGAAACCGCUAAUGUUCCAACUGAUUUAAGUCACGAACAGAUAUUUGCCAAAAAAGAGGAAUCUAUAGAGGACAAUGAAGCCAUUAGCUGUGACCAUUUGUUUGUCGAUAAAGAGGAACAGAAUCAUUCAAUUACUGAGAAUGAACUUAAAAGCAUGGAAACUUCGGAAGGAAAAGCAAAUAUCGCAGAUGGUUCUAACAGUUACACACAGGAAAGGGAAAGUUCUGUCGAUACCUUUUCCGAUAAUGACGAAAAAGAAUUAUGGGAAUAUGUCCAUGUUGAACCUGAACAGUCGAGCGAUUCAUCUGCGGAAGCAAAACCAAACAAAAGAACCAACAAAAGCCAUAUGAAACAAACAUCAUUCGAAUCUCUUGAACAGCUGUUAGACACGCCGAACGAAGAGUCGAUUCGGCAAGAAAAGGAACAAUUGAAGUUAUUGCACGAUCUAUCGGAACCAGUCGAUGAGCUCUACCGUUGUAAGCUUUGCCCGCAACAGUACACCACACUGUACCUGAUGGCGCGUCAUUUAGAACGGUUGCACAGUGUGGCGCUGGAACGAGCCCGCGAUAAAUUGCAGUACAUAAAAAAUACCACCAAAUCUGAAAGGCGAUAUCGCUGCAAUUACUGUGACCAGGCGUACGUCAAUCGCACGUGUUUGGAAAAGCACAUCCGUAGGCAUGGGCCGGAUGGUUGUUUGAGAUGCAAAUGUGCCUGCUGUGACGUGUAUUUCAUGACGCAGGAAGAAACGCGCCAACACGAACUGGAGCAGCAUCGCGACCGAUUGGAAUGUAAAGUUUGCCGGAAGCUGUUCAAAAAACCCGACCAAGUUCUUCGCCAUACGCGGUACGCGCACAACUCGACCGGGAAAGACCGCAACAAAUAUAUAUGCUCGCAAUGUUCGAAGAAUUUCCCCUCGAGAAUUGCGCUGUCCGAUCACGAACGUGGCGGCUGUGGCAAAUCACCCAUCUAUCCGUGUGAUAAAUGUGACAAGCGGUAUUCAAGCUACAACUCACUGAAGAUGCACCAAACGGUGCACGAAAAUCAACUACCAUUCAUGUGUAGCUUCUGUGGGAAAACGUUUCGCACCAAGGGCCAACAAAAGGUGCACGAACGUUCCCAUACGGGCGAGAAACCGUUCCAGUGUGACAAGUGCACGCGUGCAUAUUCGUACCGGGAAUCAUUGGUUGUGCAUCUCAGUACCCAUACGGGUGUAAUGCGUUACGGAUGUAAGGAUUGCGAUCAAAGAUUUACCUGCAUAACCAACUUGCAAGCACAUCGAAGGGUACAUCACAGGUGACGGGAUGUCAGUACGGUUUAGCUAGAAAUGAGCCAUAAUGCCAGUGAAAAUUAAAAAUGAAUCGAGUUGAUAAACGAUCUUCCUUUAAUCACCAUGGGUAGUAGGCAAUACAUCCGGGAGGUUCGGGAACAGAAGAUGCUUCAAUACCAAAAGUUAUCAUGAUCAUGAUCUGUGAGUGAGACUGAACGGGAACUUAGGAGGAUGUUCUGAAUCAUCAAGAACAAUUCUGUUUUAUACUCUGGUACUUCUUGUGAAAUAGGCUAGUACGGUCAAUUUAAUUUGUGUUAUAUUUGUUUUGAAUUGCAUCGUUCUUUCUAAUAAAAAAAAUAAUUGUGCGUCCAGAACCAACAGAACUGGACGGAUU